AUGACCUUUCUCUUCGGCUCCGUCCUCAUCACCGUCGAACUCCCGCAACUCUUUGGCGAGAAAUUAGGCUUCGAUGCCCAACAACUCGGCUACCAAUUUCUCGCUCUCAUCAUCGGUUCCGUCAUCAGCAAACAACUCGAUGGCAAUCUCUCGGAUCUCUGGAUGAAUCGUCGGACUCGAAAAACAUGUAUUCAACAAGCACCCGAAUAUCGUUUGUGGUUGAGUUAUGCGGGAUUCAUCCUCACCAUUAUGGGCGCAGUGGUUUUCUCGGUGAAAACUGAGCAAGCGGAAGAAAUGCAUUGGAAUAUUACACCGGUGGUUGGAAUUGCGGUUGCAGGGGGUGGGUAA